CAAACCGGAUUGAAAUUUGUGCCGCCUACGCCUGGAAGUGUGCAGUCGUCGCGUUCCGCUAGACAGAGUCCCUACGUCCACUUUUGUGGAUAUUUAAUAAAUAAAUUUACAAAGCAAUGUGAUGUCUAAGAAAAAAUGUUAAAAAAAGAACCUUCUUCUUGAGAUGAAAUUACUCUUGAAGUUAAUUGAAUCGAAUGAAAAUGUCACUCGAGUACAAGAACGAAUAUCGCAAGUCCAUUGACGGAUAUCAGCCUGCGGCACCUGUGAGGCGCAAGAUCGGUCUCUACUGGAUACUGGCCGCGUUGAGAAUAAUUCUGACACUUGCUCCGCAAACGGGCUACAUUCAUCCCGACGAAUUUUUCCAGUCCAUAGAAGUGAUCUCCGGAGAUCAUUUCGACAUUGACGUCUACAAACCGUGGGAAUUCAAUGCCACAGCUCCCAUACGUACCGCGUUAUUUCCUCAAGUUAUCGUGGGUCUGCCUUAUGCCAUCCUCAAGAGACUGUCUCCGUACACAUUUCACUUCUUCGGACUUUCACUGCGACGUCCGUAUUUCUUCGUGAUAUUUCCGCGAUUCUUCAUGUGCGCGCUCUCAUUUCUAUCCGAUUAUUUUCUUUACAAAAUCUGUUGUAUAUACGGACAGAAUUACAGAGUCAGACUUGUCACUUAUGCGAGUUCCUACGUCAUGCUCGUUUACGCAACUCAUACGUUAUCGAAUUCCGUCGAGCUGGUGCUGACCGCCGCGCUGUUGUAUUUCACAUCCAAGUGUAUGGCGCAUUCGGAGAAAGUGGUGCUUCACAGCGAUUAUCUCUCAACAAAAUACAACAAAGCGACAACCGGAGUGGAGCGAGUCAAAUAUUACAAACUCAAGGCACUGCUUCCCUCGCAUUCGUUAAACCACUGCUUCUGGCUGGCCACCCUGACAAUAGUUGGGAUAUUCAACAGGCCGACUUUCGUUGCGUUCGCGAUCGCUCCGAUUUUCUUUUGGCUACAAAGAGGUAUGGGUUCGAAAAGCGUCGGAUUCAAAGAUUUCCACAUCAGAAUGUUCGUCUUUGUUAUCUGCGGUCUACCGGCCAUGAUGUUUUUCAUUCUGGCCGAUAGUUUCUAUUACGCUUAUUUAACGAUGGGCGAGAUCGGCAAACUAGAGAUCGGAAUGAACAACUUUGUGGUCACGCCGGUUAAUUUUCUCAAGUACAACGCGAACAUGAAGAAUCUGGAAACCCACGGACUGCAUCCGCGUUUAUUGCAUUUGUUGGUGAAUGUCCCGUUGUUGUUCAGCGUCAUCGGAAUUGUUGGAUUGAUAACGUUCGUGAAAAUGAUUUACAAUGCACUGAAGGCACAGUGGCUGCACUUGCCACGCUUGCAAAGCAUCGUGGGAUUGAUGACGUCCGCGUUUAUCACGCCGAUCGUCUUAUUGUCUGUUUUUCCUCAUCAGGAACCUCGUUUCAUAAUACCGGCGCUUUUCCCGCUAGUAUUUCUCUACGCGCCCGAACUUAAUCAGGUUCCCAAUAUGGACAUCGUCCGCCGAUUCACCGACGAUGGCAAACCAUGCGCUUCCGCAGAACCACGGAACCGCAAACCCAGAAAAUUGGUGCUCUGGUACGUCAGCAAUCUAAUGCUGACUCUGUUCUACGGUUUCGCGCAUCAAGGUGGAAUUUUUCCGUUGACGUCUCACAUAGCGGCGGAGCUCAGAGCCAAACCGCAUCUCACGCACAUACACUUGUACACUUCGUACAGUUACUCGUUGCCCACGGCGCUGCUACAGCUGCGCAACACCCACAGAGUUUAUCGCAGCAGCAGCAAUCACAAGUAUAUGCUGACGCAGGACUUUCACCUGUACGAGCAGGGUUCCGAGCGUCUGCCGCGAGUGUUUGACAAUAUCAUCUGGAAGAUUAGGAACUGCGAAGAGAAGUUCGACGUCAAAAGGAUUCCCUACAGAUUGUACUACGCGUUGCCGGCUUCCGCGAUGAGCGAGUUUGAGAAACUGUGGAACGAUAGACCGAAUUCGUUCAAGUUUCAUGUGGUUAAAGGCUUUUAUCCGCACAUUUCCGUAGAGAGAUUGCCGCGUUUAAAGACUCUCGAUAGACUGAUAAGUUUGCCAUAUUUGCGCUUCGACGAUAUCUUCACCAGUUUUGUCAUGAUUAUCAAAGAGUUUUAUGAAGAAUACCUCAAACAAAUGCAAUUGCUGCUAUUAAAGAUCGAAUAUAUCAAGCCUAAAGCGAGACUGGGCACAGUGAAUAAACAUUAACAUAAAAUUAAAAAAAAAAAACAAAUUUAAAAAUAAAAAAAUAAGAAAAAGAGGCAACAACGAGCUAACACCUGUUGUUAAUUCGAGGAUUUUAAAAAAGAAUUUUACCCGAACGUCAGGAGUUAGCUCGUUAUUGCCCUUUUCCUAUCUUUUUAUUUGAACAUUCAACGAGCAUUAAAAAAACAUAUAAUUAAAUUUAAAAAUAAUUCAC